AUGGCGCCCCGCGGACGCCCGCCUGGCCGCAAGAACGGCGGCAGCCACGGAGCUGUCCAGCUGCAAUCGAACCGCAAAUCUACGCCCGCGUCUACACCAAAAGCUGCAUCAAAGGCUGCCACCACGCCUGCCACUGCGCCGACCAAGAAAACGACGACUGCCUUGGCAACAUCCACCAACGCUACACCCGCUGCAGCGACACCACAAGCUGCCACUCCGCAAGCCACGCCGCUGGGACGAAAAUCCGCAGCAAAGAAAGGCAAGCUCGCCCGGCCGGCCAAGGGUACACCUCGGUCCAUGAACACAACGCCUGCAUCAGCUGCUGCAGCGGCAGAAGCUGCAGCGUCUGCCACUGCCGCUCCUGCUGCCGUCCCUACUGAUACGCCCGCCACACCUGCGACGCCCGCUGCACCUGCUGAGAUCCGUGUCGCGCCAAUUUCCGAAAUCUUGGCCACUGAGCACAUCCCUGAGCCGACCGAGCCGGCCACCGAGCGGGACGUCGUUUCUAUAGACUCCACUGCAGACAAACAGCCGAACGGCACGUCGCACGCCGCCGAGCAGUCCGUCCUGCCGGACGAGAGCCGAAUUGAUGACAACGACAAAGAGACCUCCGUCGUAGCCGACGACCCGCCGACAACAACCACGCCCGCCGUCCGCCGCGCCCGUGGCCGGCCGCCAAACAGCUCCCGCGUUGGCAAGCAUGGACCCCUGGGCUACACUUCGGCGAAUGUGGAUCUGGACGCGAUCACCUACCGCCAGCUCUCCGAGGACAUCAAGGCGUACGAGGUCGACCUCGACUUUUGCCAGGCCCAGCUCGACCAGCCCGACCUCACACCGCAGGAGUCCCGCACACUGCAACUCCGUCGACUGGACCUCAGCCAUCAGGUCCGGCACUGCCGGCAUCGCCAGGAAACGCUCGAGGCGCAGCGGGCGCUCCACGGCGGCCGUCCGCUGACCGACCCGGUCCCCCAUGCCCCGCGGGUGUCGACGGCGGGCACCGGCACCCUGCUAACAAACGGCAGUGGCCGGCGGCCUGUCCCCAACAAGCGGCCCCUGUCGGUGACGGGCUUCGACAACAGUGAUGUUGGUAUUGGAGCCGGCGGUCCCUCCAAGCGGGCGCGCGCGGCGUCCGAGGUCAGCCUGCAGGACACGAUCAGUAUGCGCAGCAGCGGCAGCCCUGUUCCUGCUGUCAACGGCAUUGGCCAUGGCCAGGAGAGCAAUGGCGGAGACCACGACGACAACCAGUCCGACGUGGAGAUGGUGGCGCACUACACCGGCGGUCACAAUCGCGGCCGCAGCCACAGCAGCAUCGGCAGCCACAACGACAGCUACCUCGGCAAGGCGGAGGUCGAUGACAGCGCCGCCAUGGCCGAGAAGGGCGCAUCCGACGGCAACGGCUUCUGGAAGUGCCGGCUCUGCGUCUCGGCAAAGUACCAGGAUGCCAAGAAACACCUGCGCCAGCCGGCCAAUCCGUCGUUGUGGCCCCUCCGGCGCACGGGCCGGCUCAUGACCCACUGCCUGGCCAUGCACGUGGAGCACACGCCGGAAGAGCGCUGCAUGGAGCUCGGCGACGCGCUCGACCACAACCGCGGGCCCUUUGAGUACUGGACACGCCAGAAAAACGUGGACGUGUCGAUUCCCAACGUGAUUGCGAUGCUAAAGUCGGGCAGCUUCCCGGACAAGCUGGCGAAGCACAACGAGGGUGCAGCCAAAUUCUUGGCGGAGAGGAAAUCGUUGGGCGCGAUCGCCUGA